UCACCUGUGCAGUGAUGUGACGCAAAGCUGCAUAUUAGGCUGGAAAGAGAAGUUCCCUUUUUCACACUCAUUUGAUUAGGUUGGAUUCCUUAUGUAAAGUAGAUUUUAUAUAACAAUGGCUUGAAAAUAUAUGUCACAGGCGCACCACAGGCAAAGCAGUGCAGAGCAUGUAUUAGUCACUGAGGCACACACUCACACACAGAGGCGAGUGAGCACGCACUCACUCUGUAGCUCCAGCAGAGAUCUGCCUGCUUUGGCAAUGCUGAGUCUGACUGAUAACGAUGCAGUUCUGCAGAAAGGUGCUCUGCCAGCCGUGUAGUGCCAGAGUCACUUCACCAGAGGAGGACAUGGAAUACAAGAUGGGGAGCUGCAUCGGAAUCUCACACCGCCAGCCAGAAGAGGGCGCUCCAGAAAAUGUUGUUCUGUUUCCACCUCAGGAAAAUCAAAAUGACUCCCUACAGGCUGAAGCUCACGCUGAGAGUUUGACCCAGAGGGACGACAAUGCGCUGCUGACCGAAGCGUCGACCAGCCAGCAGAGUCUGCUGUCUCAAACAGUGCUCCCAGACGUCCCAGUCAUCACUGGAGUGGAGGAGAGCAGAGACCAGGAGGACAAGGAGGAGCUUGAGUUUCCUCAUGACCUGCUGCCCAGUCUAGACUUCAGCAGUGAGCUCAACAUCUGGGAGUCCUCGCUGGGAACUCAGACUAGCUCAGGUGAGAGGAAAUGUGAGCAGGUGAACCCCCUGCUGGCGGGCCUGCAGCAUCACAUGGAAGUCAGUCGACCACUGGUGGUUCUAGAUACAAGGCCUCAUGAAAGCGACCCAGUUCUCACAGAUGCCCAGCCUUCAUCUCGGCCCGCUGCCACACCUUACCCAGAUGUCCGACCCGUGACCCCUCCCCCAUCCUUGCUCUUAGACUUGGAACUCCAAGAGGCCUUCCAGGAAUGUGAAGAGCAAAUGGCCUCACUGGGCAUACUUAAUUCCACAACGCUCCCCAGCACCACGCCUGAGACGGUUAAUGAUGUAGGGAAGAAAACUGGAGAAGUGAUGGUUAAUAAGUCCAAUGAGUCAUCGUCACUGCCUCCAAUCGUAGUCCAGCCAGGACAUAGCAACAGGGGCCAUGGAAACAAGAGUACACACGGAAACAGUGAGGCAGCAAACAGUCAGAAGGAUACAGUUGUGUUUAGUUUCAGGAAUUACAUACUGGGCACUGAGAAUAGUGUUGGGGCAGCAGAGACGGAAAGUGAAAUAAAAGCAACACAGAGCCUGGAUAAAUGUCCAGACAUUAAGCCAGAAAAAGAAACAGAGAUAGAUGAGCAGAAGGAAACACCCCCGCAUACACAAUUAGAAACAGCCACAGAUUCAACCCCAAAAGAUGUUGCAUUCACUGAGCAGAGAGACAAUCUAAGAGAGGAACAUGCUGAUUCUAAUGCAGCCACAGAGGAAAAUGGCCCUCUCGAUUGUAAUACAGUGAUUAGGGAGGAAGGCACAGAGGCAAUAACAGAGACUGUAGACAUAAAGAAAGAAAAUUAUAGUGAUGAGUCUAGUAUUAAUGUUUGUAUAGUUGAAACUAGAAAGAAAGAAGAUUCAGAUAAUGAAACAUUGGAGUGCAGUAAUCUUCAUUUAAAGGAUGAAGUUGCAUUAUCAGAGAUGCAGUCAGAGACACACACAGGAGCAAACAGUCACACUGAGGAGGAUCAGGAGUCAAAAACAGACAAAUGGAUGAAUUCACCAGGUGACAAACAGGCUAAGCAGGACAAAAAUGCAAAGAAGAAAGAAAAAAAUAAACAAAGGAAAAAGAAAAAGAUGGAGAAGACUGAACAGAAAGCAAACACAGUAGUACAACCUGAAAAUGAUUUACAGGCUGCGUCACUUGUAAAUGCAGGAAAUCACACAGACUCAGUGGAAAAUGUAGAAUCAGUGUCACAGGCAGACACUCAGACUGUGAUUUGUGGGCAACAGCCUGAUAAUGGGGUUGACUACAAGCAACAGCUGAGUCCCGGGGGAAUGCCCAGCCCCAGACUACCAUCCUCUCAUAGCAGGCAGGAUCAUCUUACUGACUCAGCCUCUUCACCUGUGUCCAGCCAGGCUCUUUCACAGAGGCCUCAUCAGUCAGAUAACCACAACCUUACAGAUCCACCAUGUGGCAGGAAUCACAUCUCAGACGAAGGUCCACAGCGGGAGCAAUAUGCAACCGGAGGUGUCAUCAACAACCAAAAUACACCCAUGACAUAUGUCCAAACUACAGUUAUCAAUCCAGCUGCUUCUGCUGAUAAGAGAUCAGAUGUACAAACACAAGAAGCUAUAGUUACCUCAGAAGCAGUGAUACUCACACAGGGGAAUCGGAGCCCACUCUCCAACAGCCGAACUUGUGUGGGAGAGAGUGCCCUUGAAGAGGCUUUAGUGGUGGUUGCUGCGUUGCCACUGACAACACCCACGAUGCCAGAAGUGAUAGAAAGCAAGGGAGAGGGAGAAAGUGUGAGGCGUGAUUUACUGGAGAGAGUAGCUAAUGUAGAAAUCGCAGAGAGUGAGAAAGCAAUAGGAGAGAAAGAUUUGGGAGGAAUAGUAAAGUGCCUCAGCUCUGCAGGCGGAGAGAAAGAAGGACUCCUGGACAACCUUUCUCAGCUCGCAUUAAUCUGUUCACAGGGAAAAUGCUCACUUGCAUUCUCAGCCAAAGAGGGACAGACUGCAUCUGAGGAAAGCUGCAGCAGCAAAAUGCCACACAACUUGGCUGAGACUGAAAUGAAGGUACUGAGAGAGACAACCGUUUGCAGUACAGACACAGAGAUCUCACCAGCUGAAGAGGGAGACAGAGAAAAGGAGCCACUUCGGUUAGAAGCCUAUAUCAAUACUCCCCUUGGGCUACUAACUGGUCUUGAUUGUCAGGAUCACAGUGCUGCGGGAUUGGAGGGUGGAGGAGGAGGAGGAGGAGGAGGAGGAGGAGGAGGAGGAGGAGGAGGAGGAGGAGAGGAGGUGGGAGAGAAAGGAGGACUGGCUAGAGAGCACAGUUCAUUCAGCCAGCCAGAAGGCUCUGCUAGUGGGGUGUCAUCAGCCGAGACUGAGACGUGUCCGCCCACCGAUGUUGCCGAGUCACAGCUGAAGUCACAGAGCUGGAGUGAGCCGAUUGCUACCAUCAUUGAGAGCAUCUGCACUGAAAAGGACCGUCUCUCUCACCCCUGCCAGGAGCAGCAUGGUGCAGCAAUUUCACCUCUCUACAGUGACCCUGAAAAGAGCUCCAGCAAUACAAAUAGAGGGGUAAGCGCUGAUCUCAAACAGAAUUUAAUUUCAGAGGAAGCACUGUCUUUGGGAUACACUUGUGAGGAGUCAUCCAUCACAGAGACAGAGAGAAACUACAGCCAAGUCUUCCUGUCUUUAAUCUCACCUCAGCCUUUGACUACAGCACAACAAAUCCCAGUCGAGCAACAAGAGAGCAACAUUCAACAGGUCCGAUCUGAAAGUAGCACAACAGAAGCCAUAGCAGCCGAAGGUGCAGCUAAGUUCCAAGCCCAGACCCAGAGCAAUAGUGGUGCUAUGUCUGGAGUGGCUGUGUACGUAUGUGACAGCAGUGGACGCAACAACAGAGUUCACUUUGCGGACACUGUGAAACAAGAGGGCAGUUCCUCUGUGGAUCUCAGGAACAUGUCGGCUAUGGACUGCGCCUCUUUGCCUCCGCUGACUGUACAUGAGAGUUUGCACCAUCCUGUUGUUGAGGCCAGCUACACCUUCCCAGAUUUCCUCAGCUUGAAGAAGCCAGAACUCCCCACAAAUGCAGCUCCUGCCAAGGAUGAACAAGCAGUAUGGAGUUCAGCUGACUUAACAAAGCCACAGAAAGAUGUUCAUUUGGAUAAAGGAGAUAUGGGGACUAAAUGUACCAAGGAGAAUAUUAACAUAGAUCAGUCAGGUAACGGCAACUUGAAGACAAACACAGUGGAUUUACAGUCGGUGACUGAGGGCUGCUCAAACCAGCUUCCAUGUCCUACCGAGAAGAAUCAGACUGGUAAUGAAGAUUGUUUUGACCUUUCACUAACAGCAGCAAGUGCCAUCUCUGAGGCUGAUCAUCUAACAGCUGAGCAGGUGUCAGCAAAGGUGACAAAGCAAUUUGAGGCGGAAACAGAGAAGGGUGUUGUAAAUCUGUGUUUGUCAAAGGAAAAAGAGAUAGAUGAGUUACAUGCUGAGUCUCGAGGCUCAAUCAAGGCUGGUCAGCAUCAGGAGUCACCCUUAAUAAGUGAUGCUACUGUCAUUCUUGAAGAAAAAGAAGGUAACCAAUAUCCUCUCUCCUCAUGUUCUGUGCUUCCAGCUGAUGAUGUUACCUGCAAGCCUUUAAGUGAUGUCUCCACAUUGUUACCUGUUGGGCAGCUCUCUACUGACCUUGACCCCAGUUCAAAACCUGAAACUGUGACCUUGACCUGCACUGCCUCUCUUCAAACAAAGCCUAGUGACCCCAGUUAUCAGCCUCCCACCCAGUUAGAUCAAACACCUCCCCAUAGACUAGUUACAGAUCCUGUGAAGGCUUGUGAGGGGCCUAAGUCCACAAUUCACUCUGCUGAUCUGACAAAGGAUGAAUCAGUGACUUCAGACGUGACAGCCUCUGACCAGUCAAUUCCUGUUAUCGAGCAAUGUGCCAGUAAUCCUACUUUUGUCCUGCGGCCUCCUGGUCCAAUGUUGAGUCACUUGGAGUUCAUUACUGACUGUGAUAUCUCUCUUCCUGAGCAGACAGACUGCAGUGUUGAUGGUGACAGCACCAAAGUCUCUGGAGAAGCGGAUGGCAACAAGAGCAGAGAAAUGACACAAAUGUCUUUAGCACAGGAUCUGGAGCACAGUGAUGUCACUGUUAAAGCAGAUGAGACUUGUCCAAAACUGGAGGAUAGAAAUGAUGCUAUGGAGUCUGUCGUUGAACUUGAGAAUUCUGCGGUUAAUAAUGUAAAUAUUCCAUUUUCACAUGAGCAAAAUCUUUCUCCUCCAACUCAGCCUCCUGUUGCAGUGGGUGUACUGGUAAAGGGUAGAUCUGAUAAUGUAAUUUCUCUAUCUCAUACUAAGCCAGACUCUACUGGCAUUAAACCUGUUAUUUGUGAAGCAUCCAUUAAGGAUGACCUCAUUAAUGUCAGCUGCCAACUCAGCUCUGACCUGCCUAUCAAGGAGGCUUAUGAUGGAAUUGAACAAGACAAUAUGAAAGAGAAAUACAAAAUGGGGGAACAGACAUCCAUGUUGUUUGAAGGGGAAAAGAAACAAGUUGAAGAGGCAAUAAUGGAUAAUCAAAAGGAAACAGCAGACAGCAGGAAGCUGCAGACAGAAAAGACAGGCACACCACCACAACAGAGUAAUGGGCCAGAUAAAGAGGCUGUAGAGGAAAAUGGAGACCUGCAGUCACCACAUAAACAUAAAGUACAAAAGACUGAAUCUCCAAUAAGGGAUAUAAAGGAGGAAGGAGAAAGGAAAAGUGACAUUGCAUCUAAAAACCAGACAGAGACUUCUUCCUUAUCUACCGACAAACCUGCAGGAUCAUCUGAGGACAUGCUAAGUGCUAAGUCUGAGUCUGGUAGUGAACCUCAGACUGUUUAUGACCAGAGUUUGUGCCAAACUCCGACGGCAACACUGGAAUGCAGCUCUGACAGGGACACGGCACCAGAUUUGAGUGCAGCUCUUGGCCAAUCACAGUCCACACAAGAUCCAAACUGUUUUGCUCAGCAACAGGGGCAACAGCAGCAGCGCCUGCAAUCCAGACAUCCCACAGAGGAAUUGUCAGGUGGCUGUUUAGAGGGGGGAGAAAAGACUAACAGUCAGGUCAGGCAGACCCCACUACUGGUUCCAGGGGUAGCAGAGGAAGGAGACGGCUCUGUUGGGAGUUUGUGUCAGUCAGUAAGCAGGGAUGAGUUGACAGGUGAUGAAAGCAGUGGCAAUGAACGAGUGACAGGUCUAGAGAAGGGAGAGGGAGCACAAGCUGCACCAGGGGUUGACAGGGUUUAUGUGCCGUCUCAUCUUGCCAAUGAUUUAAAUGAGAGUGGAUGGGCUGCUGAGAGAAAUGCCUCAGCUGACAUAGGGAUAGUAACAACUUGUUCUCAUGUAGGUGAGACAAGACAGGGGAUGGAUGAGAAUAAAAGCCCUGGGUUAGGGGUAGUUGGGUCAGAUACAGAUUUAAUGCCAGACACUGAGUUUGUGAGUGAUCUGAGUGGUAAAGGUCAGCAAAAAAGCAAUCUGUUAGCUGUCUUUCAAGACCAACAUGGAAAACCUGAGACCUCAAAGAACACUGCUGUAUCUGUUGAGUCUGCAUCACAGGUACAUGGGACUUCACAUUUCCAAAUCUCUGUUUCAUCAAAGGUCAGCACAGAUAGUCAUGACAUUCAUACAGAAGUUAUUCCAAGUGCAAACCAGGCUGAAGAAAUUCAUACAGAAAUAUUCAGUACUCUGCCAGAUCCUGUUGGGCAACCAGAAACUGUGGAAAAGGAUUUCAGUGCUUCCACGGUUGUGAAAACCAACAGUAGUGAAACUGAGGAGUGUGUAAUUCGGGAUACAGUGUGCAAGCCUCUUGAGCUCCAAAGCUCCAAUAUAACCUCAGCCACACAAAUCAGCCCAGUAGCACAAACACCCAUAAAAGGCCCUGAUGUAGAGGAGAUCACAAAGGAAGAUAAAGCAGCUUUAGAUGAAGAGAAAGCUAGCAGCCAGGGGAAGGGACAAAGUGAGUUAAAAACAAUAAACUAUGAAGCAACGGAAAAACAGGGGGUUGUAAAUUUAACUGGGAGUGCCAAAGACAGUGGCUCUGGAUCAAUGAAGGUUUCAGACCUCUGUGAAAGUGGGGUGUCACACAGCAGCACUGAGACUACUGUUUGUCACUCUGAGGGGAGCAUUGGUCUUUCUAAGGCAACAGAAAAUGACAGUGAUAUAACAGAUAAAAUAACUCCUGAUGUUAUCACAAUCUCGUCUGUUGUUUCGUCAAAGUGCCCAGAAGGUUUUGCAUCGACCCCUCUUGAAACCCCUACCCACUCAGAGAAGCCACAUGAUCAGUUGUCAAAGCCCCAAGAUGAUAUUGUGGUAAACCCCAUUGUUGCUGCUUCCCAGUGUGAAGGAACAUCACUUGAAAAAGCGCUUGGCUGCAUCUCACCUGUUGAACAAGUGUCUGUGAAUACAGAGGCCACCGAUGUGUCAGAAAGUCCUGCUCCUGGACUAACAGCCCAAGAACCAGAUACAAACUGGAUAAAAGCUCUAAAAGAAGCGGCUUCCCAUUCUCAGAGUAUACAAGAGAACACAGUGGAGACAAGGUCAAGACCCCUCCCAUCUCUGGAGUCUCCUCAGUUAGAGUUUCUUACUCCGACUGAAGAGAUAACUGCUCCUCUGAGACAGGAGGAGAUCCCACAACCAGAGCAAGCAGCAGAGAAGACAACAGAGAUCCCACCUCUAAAUCUUGUGAAGAAGCAAGUGGAUGUUCCUGAACCUUUAAAGAAGACAGCAGAGCUCCCAGAACCAAGACAUCAGACAGCAGAGCUUUCUGAACCAACACAGAACACAAAAGAAGAGCUCCCGGAAGAAACAAAGAAAUUAGAGCUUUCAGAACCAACCAAGAAAGAAGAAGAGCCUCCACAAGAGCUUCCAGAGCCAAAAAGGGAGCCAGUAACUUCUUCAGAAAUAGCAGAGGAGCCAGCUGAGCUCCUAGCACCAACAACAAGCACAGUAUGGUUCCCAGAACCAGCAAAGAAUGAAGAACCAGAACCAACAAAGACGACAACAGAGCCCAUUGAACCAGAGAAGAAGCUGAUCAGUGAGCAGCCAGAGGAGCUAGUGGAAAAACCUGAAAAGAUCCCAUCUGAGGAGCCAUUUAAAGUGUCAGCUGAGGAAUCUGCAGUGACACAAACAGUCCAGGAUCCUGCUGAGGAGCUACAGGACAGCGGGCCCUCCCUCACUGAGCAGGCAGAGAGAGGUAACUGUGCCCCUGCCUCUCCGACACCUCCUACCUCCGAAUACCCCUUCCUGCCUGCCGUCCCUCCUCACCUCCACGACACCACAGAGUUCCCCACUCCACCACCCACACUGCCGGAGAGGCACACACCUGAAGCUGUACCAGCCCCACCUGCAUCUUCCCACCUUUCUCCUCCUCCUCCUCCUCCAGCCCCUGCCUCCCCUCCUGUACCUUCUGCUUACCAGUGUGAGGACCACUGCCCUACUUCUGCACCCUGCCACCCGCCUUUAAGGAGCUCAGAUUCUGAUGGAGCGUUUGAGACCCCUGAAUCCACAACUCCAGUGAAGGCUGUUUCUCCUACUGAGCCCCAAACCCAGCAACUAACGUCCUCUGACAAAGUAGCAGCCACCUCAGUCAAUGAUCCUGCCUCUGACUUGAGUUCAACGGAUGCACUUUGCCAUUCCCCGUCCAUUGUUUUUGAUGAGAACAAGCCCAUUGCAGCCAGUGGCACCUACAACAUCGAGGUUUUAGCUACAGAUUCAUCAAGUCACACUCUGACCCGUUCACUCAGCCUCCAGGGAGGAGAGCUAGACAGUGCUGGUCUGCUGGAUGGAUCAACAGUGGGAGGCUUCCGUCCACAUUCUGAAUCCUUCAGCGUGGGGACUGAGAGUGCCCCAGGGACACUCCACAGGCCCAAGAAAGUCCGUCCUGGGUCUGUGAAGAAGAAGCCUCUUCUCAGACAGAACUCCAACCCAGAGAGUCCAAGACCAGCCUCAUCCAACAGCACCCCAGAGAUCAAGAAGCGGGCAAAGCCUCAAGCUGCCAGCCCUCUUCAGGCUCAGGAGGAAGCUGAAGGAGGGGCUGCAACUCCGAGCCCUGGAGGAACCCUACGAAGGACCAGGAAGAGCCGUGUGGAGACUCCUCCUCCUCUGCUGGAGGAGACCAAUCAUACCAGCCAAGAAGAGAGCCUUGUCAUCCCGGCCUUACCCUUGUGCCAGGAGGAGACCCCUCUCCCUGGUAGUCCAACAAGCAAAGACGAAUCCCCCAUCCCCCCUAGUACCUCCUACAAAUGGGAUCCAGAUAAUUUUGAGAACAUCGACCCUUUCAAGACUGGAGGUAGUAAAAUUGCCAAUUCCCCUGUUCUGGGCCGUAAAGGUCCUGUGUGUGCCCCCAUUGCCACCCCUCCAGAGAGUCCCUCUGUCUCUGCUGUGGAGCCGUGCCCUCCACCUCCUGUUGAAGAGCCAUUCUCCAACCCUGAAGAGCAACCCAUCAUCCCCAAACGUCAGUCAGUAAGGCUGGAGUUUGACUACUCUGAGGAGAGCAGUGAGGCGUCACACCAGGCCUCUCCCCCACCCAAGAAAGUGGGCAAGAAGCCCGGUGGCAAGAUGCCUCUUAGGAAACCAAAGCUGGGGCUGAAGAAGGCCCCUCCAGCACAGACGGAGCAGCUGGACAACAAUCCUCCAGCAACCCACAAUGGCAACGAGGAGGAAAUCCCAGUUCAUAAAGCAUCUUAUAACUUUGAACCUGACAAGUGGGAGGAUCCGAACUUCAAUCCAUUUACUUCUAAGAAAGGUAUCGCCAACUCCCCCAAACUAUCCAGGCCAUCUUAUAGCUUUGACCCCAGUAACUUUGAUGACUCAGUAGACCCUUUUAAAUCCUCCAAUAAGAUGGCCAACUCCCCUCCUAAGGCCUCUGCUUCCUUUGAACUGUCAUCCAAUGACUUUGAAAAUGAAAAUGACAAUGACAACAUCGGGGAACUGGAGGACCAAAAUCAGAACAAACCUGCCAAGAAGAAGAAAACUCCUAUCAAAUCGAAGUCCAGGGGUGUGUCUUCUCUAUGUUGUCUGUUUAAUACUUUCAGAGUGAAGAGGUCGCCAAAGAAAUCUCCAUUGUCUGACCCAUCCCAGGAUCCUACGCCCAUAGAUGAACCUCCCUCUCUCCACCCACAGGAUGACCACGCCACAGACGAGGAGAAGCUGGCCUCCUCCACCAGUCAUAAGUGGGCCGCCCUGCACGACAUGGAUGCAGAUUUGAACUCUGACCAACAAGACUUCCCCCAGCCAUGCGACCUUACAUCCUUUGUUAAUGAGAACAGUCUUCCUCAUCAGGCUCCAGUGCAAGACUAUGAAAUUGAGUACAUGGAGAAGAUUGGCUCCUCUUCACCUCCACUGUCUGUGAAGAAGCCAUCUUUGUACCUGAAGUUGGACUCAGUAUCUGACAACUUAACCAAGAAUAUGUGUGCACAUGGAUUUGAGCCCAGCUCCCCCUGCACAGGGAGUUUUGAGGAGAUGGAGGCCCAGAUAACAGCGGGUAAGACACCGGUGCUGAGCUCCCGGCCUGGUCCCGAAGGCUCUGCUGGGGACAAGGGCAGGAAGAGAGAAAGCGAGGCACUCAGCCGAACACAGAGCAUAGAGAGGGAUGAGCAGCCCCCUAGCCAGGGCCCCAUGGAGGUCCCUGCUCCAGCUCUGGCCAUGCCCCUGUUAGACAGGCUGUCUGAGUGUGACGACCCCCUGCAGUACCUGGAGCCUGACCUGGCUGAGACCAACCCCACUGCAUUCGCCCAAAAACUACAGGAGGAGCUGGUGCUUGCUGCCCUGAGGAUAGAGGCUCUGCAGGUAGCCAAAAACAUCUCUCAGUGCCUCUCCCUCUCUACUGUAACCCCCCAGUCUCGACUCAAGAAACCCAGCACUCGGCGGUGGAAUAUCAACGGUUCACCCUUACUCAAACACAGAGACGUGUCAUCUCCAGUAGAGAGUACUGUGUCCAAGAACUCGCUGUACACCAGGACCACCAACUACAUCGAAGGGGAGAGUCCCCACCUGCCCAGAGAUCUGGACCACUCGCUGGGAAUUGCAAGAGAGGAGAUUGUGACAAAGGAGAAAGAAGUGCUGGAGUGGCAGAGGAAGUAUGAAAACAGCCGACAGGAAGUAGUGGAGAUGAGGAGAAUUGUUGCUGAGUAUGAGAAGACGAUUGCACAGAUGAUAGGCAUGCCAGAGGAUGACCAGAAAGAGAAGUCUCUCUCCCACCACACCAUCCAGCAGCUGAUCGUGGAGAAGGACCAGGCCUUGGCCGACCUCAACUCCGUGGAAAAGUCUCUGGCUGACCUCUUCCGACGUUAUGAGAAGAUGAAAGAUGUACUGGAGGGCUUCCGCAAGAACGAAGAGGUUCUGAAGAAAUGCGCUCAGGAGUAUCUGUCCAGGGUCCGUAAGGAGGAACAGCGCUAUCAAGCCCUGAAGAUUCAUGCAGAGGAGAAGCUAGAUAAGGCCAAUUCAGACAUAGCUCAGGUGCGGGCCAAGGCCAAGCAGGAGCAGGCCGCCUACCAGGCCAGUCUGAGGAAGGAGCAGAUGAAGGUGGACUCUCUGGAGCGCACUUUGGAGCAAAAGAACAAAGAGAUCGAGGAGUUGACAAAGAUCUGUGAUGAGCUGAUCGCCAAGAUGGGGAAAAGUUAGCGACCACACCACACUCAGGCCAAAUCUCACAGAGAAGAGGAGUGGUUGUGGAAAAACAACUUGGAAAAUGAAGCGGAUUAGUAAUAUUUACCAUCAUCUUCCAAGGACUGAUGGACAUCUAAGGCCAAAGUGGUCUUGGGGUUAAAUUUCCUACUGACUUUGUGUAUACAGGAUCCACAGGAUUGGCUUCAUCUUAGUCACUCUGUACAUUUUUGAUGUGUCAGUUUUAUCGUACUGUAUCAGGGGUCCGGUUUAAAUUUUAGAAAAUGUAUCAUAUCACUAAUGAGUGUGUCUGUGUGUGUGAGUGUGUGUAUGAUAAUGAGAAACGUGAGAGCAUUGUUUGUGGGUUAAAUUAUCUAUAAUGAUGUUGCCAUGACAGCCACUGAGGGAGAAGACUGUUUACCCACUCCUGUUGAUAGACUUUGAAAAAGAGUAACAGACAUUUAUUCAUUCAUAAAAUGUUGAUACACCACAAAGAGAAUUAUCACAAUAGCUUACUGCAUGUGAGAGAGAAAGAAGAACCUGUAAUGUUAAUGUUUGUAUAUACUGUAGGAAAUUCCAAGUAUGAAAAAGACUCAUCUUCAUUUUUGAUAGUUAUUCUGUCAUCCUCAGCCCGCUUCCCUCAUGUAACCUUGUAGAUAUUUGUCAUACUUGUCAUAGCUUCCUCGAUGAAAUUGUGGGACUAUAUUUUGGAUUUUAUUUUGAUAUAAAGCAAACUAAUCGUGACUGUAUUCAGUUGUGACCAGGAGUAAUUUAAUUUUGGAUGGAUAUGUCCUAGUCCUGCUAUGGUCAUUGUGUCACACUGAGGAAUAACUUCUCUGCACAGCUACUGUACAGCAUCUGCUUACAAAGUGCAAUAAAAGAUGGCAAUACAGCA